UCUCCUGUAUCUAUGGUCGUAUGUGUCCAGGAGGGUCUUAUAUCAAGAUAUAUACUUUUUGAAGCUAAGAAGCGCCGUGGGUUGAGUCGCAACCGUUUGAGUAAAUACUUGGAGGAUAAUAGCCAACUUAUCUACACUGCCAGAGUGUUACAGCUUACCUUUUUUGGGAAAGACUCCCGUGGAUCAUCCCGUCGCUUGCUCUAUCAACACUCCCCCUGUAACGAAGCAAGGUGCAGCACCACCCAGGGCGGACAUUGAACCGAGCGGCUCUCCUCUUUACAGCCUCGUUGCUUGUCAAAUGGCUGUCAAUUGAAACAGCAGCAGCUUGGAUUCCUCUGACCAGCGGAAGCCACGCUACUCAGGACAACAUGCGCAAUCGUCGCCAUGGGCGCCGCUAUUACAGCUGUCGACGCAACCGCCUGCACGAGCGACAUAGCACGGCUCCUUACGGUCCAGACAACCAACGGUCCCAUCACAGGCCACGCCGCAGACAACUCGCCCUGCGUACUAGAAUAUCUAGGCAUUCCCUAUGCAAAGCCGCCAACAGGUGACCGACGCUUUGCGCUGCCCGAGAGAUUUGUCGGCGACAAGCCGUACAAAACAAGGCAUUGGGGCUUCGACUGCCCGCUGACUGCAUCGCCGCCUACCAGCUACCCCGGAUUCAUACCCCAGGCGCAGCGAAUACUAAACUACUUUGCCUCUACCGCCGGAACCAACAGGAGCGAGGACUGCCUGACGCUGAAUAUCUGGCCCAAGGCCACCCAGCCAUCUGCCAGCGGCGGCAAGCCCGUCAUUGUCGUCUUCUACGGUGGACAUAAGUUUGUUGUGCGCAAGCUAAAGCUAGAGAGUGCUCAUACAUGAAAGGAUUUACUAUUGGAAACACAAAUAGCCUAUUCUAUAAUAGUAAAUACUUUGCCGAUACGUAAGAUACAAUCCUAGUC